AUGGUGUCGGGCUCGGAAAACGCCUCUGCCACGACGCGUCGCAAGCGAAGUCACAGCUCCUCGUCACGUCGCGAACGAGACCGCCAAUUGUCAAACAGAAGAGCAAUUAAGACAUGGUUGAAUACCCGCAAGAAUGCCCAGAUCGCAGUCGAGAAUCCUGCGGUACCUGAACCAUGCGCGACCACGCCGCAGAAGCCACGGAAGAAAGUUCGCUUCUCAGACCCGGGUCCCCAGUUGAAGAAUUCCAUGGCAGGGACUGAUUCCACCGGACUGACUCCGGCACUCCUGCGGACGUCCUUUGAUGAAUCAAACCCGGACCCUGAAGACCCUGAAGAGCCUGAGAUGCGAACCCCGAGCCGCCGAUCGCGACGACAAUCGGCUCCGCUUCCAGAAACAAACAACAUCCUUGACCCGGCAUUCCCCAUUGAGCGCAAUCCGGCUCCGGCUCGCGUGUACCAGUUCACUCCUCUCCGCCAGAUCCUCGACCAGCGGACUCAGAGAAGAAUUCGACGGGUUGGUUUGAGCGACGAAGUUAACAAGAUCGAACGGGAAAAGAGAGCGGCUGUAAAACGCGAACAGGCACGAGAGGCCGAGCUUGCUGCAUUAAAGCGGGAGUUGGAAGCUGUCAAAGCAGCGAAGGAAGGGGACACCCUUAUUGCCGAUGGGGAGACGACGCCCUCCGUUUUCUAUAAAAUUGGCAAGCUGGAGGCUGAACUUCGACGCCUGAGAGAAGAAGCCUCGACAUCUGCGGACCAACAGAAGACCGGUGAUGGAAUCGGCGAAGGGGACACCAUCAUGAUUGAAGAUAGUACCAUCGCCGAUGACAUGGUGACUGUAUCUAGCUCUCCCAUUCUUCGAGCACAAGAUCAGUCGGAACAGCUGCCGUCGACUUAUGUGUCACUCUCCAAUGACGAACAGCCAGUGACUAUCGACGCAUCGAUUCAGGUUUCAAUGCCAGACCAGUCCCAUGAAGCCGAAAUGCGCUCGCUGGCUCUCGACCUCGAGGCCGCUAGAAGGGAAAAACUCAAUCUCUUCAAUGAAUGGCAAGCCCAGAUCUCGCACACAAGCCACGCCAGUCCACAUUCUUCUCGAGCGUCCUCACCUCCGCCGGACUUUAUGAGUCAGAUCGUCCCAACGUUAAAAGCGGCUCUCACCCGGGCUUCAGACGCUUGUCAUGCACUGGAGACGGUACGAAAUGAGCUUUCUAGCAUGGGGUUUUCCGGCUCCAAUCUGGAUGAGACCAUCGCAGGAAUGCGCCAGAGCUUCCGAUCAGCUCGACUAGAGCUCGAGCGGGCCCUGCCGGGAGAAACUGCCAAUGCGAGCCUGAACAACGGACAUGCUACCCUGAGGGCACUAGUCGAGCGAGUCAAACACCUGGUGCAGGACCUGCAGGACGAGCGCAAGCGCCACUCGAGCCUCAUGAGUCAAGAGAAGGCCUUGCGCAGUCAAUUCGACACGUGCCUGCUUCGAUACGAGGCAGCGUCGAAGAAGAUCCAGCAGCUGGAGGAGACUAUCGACACGUCUGCGGGCGAUAUGCUACAUACACGGAUGCGAAUGCAGCAACUCGAAAGCGAACUCAAGGAGAAGGACAUUGGGAUUGACAGAUUAAACGCUGCGCUGGACAAAUAUCACAACGAGGUCAAGAGUCUCGAAGAAAUUGUCUCGAAGCUGGAGGCGGAAAACGCGUCCCUGAAGAGCUCGUACGAGCAGCAAAUCUCCGACUUGGAAUCAAAGGUUGCUGCUGAAGAAGACAGUCGACAUGCCGCCGAAUCGCUCGCAUCCGAACGCGAGAAGAGCAUUGCCGAACUGCAGGAAUUUGUCCAGCAGAAUCGGAUUCGCGUCUGCGAUCUGAUCGCCAAAGUCGAGUGCCUCGAGAAGGAACGCAAGGAGGUGGUCGAAUCGAUGGAACAGAAGGCCGCUCAAGAGGUUGGAUCCUUGAACGUGCGCCUCUCCGAAUUGACAACCGCUCUGGAAACGGCCAAGAUGGAGAUCGACAAACUGCGUCGCAAAAACUCGGGUCUGGAAGAUCGAAUCUAUCUGGAGACUGAAGCCCGCGAGCGGUUAAUCCGUAAUAUUCUGGACGCCAUCAACGCAGAAAGCCGGAGCGCGAAGGUCCGCACCGCGAAUUGGAAGCUCAGAUCUGACGAGCUUGAAUCGGAACCACACCUGCCUGGAAGCGAACCCAUGACGCCCGUUAGAGCGAGCACGAACAAGUUUGCCAACGUCCAGAUUGGACGAGGCAAGAACCGGAGGAAGAGGCUCGACAGCGGGAUUGGCAUUCUGACCGAGGAAAGCGACAUUAAUGAGGAUAAUAAUGGCGACGGCUGUCAUGUUGAGCCUUCCUCGGAUUUUGACUUGGAUGGACCUGUUCCCAAUUCUGAUGCUGUUGCUGCCGAUGCAGAAUAG